GGUAGCGCCACACGCCUUCACUCACCGCGCUGCGUCGUGACGCGAAGCCGACGGCUUACCAUUCAUUAUUGUACCCUAGUGCACGCACCAAUUCUGAUCUCUAGUCUCGUGUUUCAUAGUUCGUUGCAAUGGCAACCAACACAAUAGCAGAUUGGUCCCAUGGGCAUAGCAGUCAGCCGUGAUCAUGGACCCUGUUAAAAAAAGGGUUCGAAACGUUGGAAAAGGUACUCAUGAGUAGGCGGUACCGCAUCUGACUUGUGAUAUUUGGUUGUCCUUUAUCCCAGCGCCGAUGACCAGGCAAGUCUGGCAUAGAGUGGACCGCGAGCAUGGCGAACGAAACAGACGUAUAUUGCGUGCCCGGUGCCAUCGACUUCAACCAGGCCUACAGCCGUCUCCACGGCUACAUCGCCCUCGUCAUCUGCAUCGUCGGUUCCGCUACCAAUUCUAUCAACAUCGCUGUCCUCAGCCGCCGCGAGAUGACCAGCUCAACAAAUUCUAUCCUCACUGGACUUGCAGUAGCAGAUCUCCUCGUUAUGCUCGAAUACAUACCCUACGCUUUACACAUGAACAUAAAAAUUGGGCCCCAAGUUAACAAGAAUACAUACGCCUGGGCAUGCUUCGUGUACUUUCAUUCCAUCUUCAGUCAGACCUUCCACACGAUCUCAAUAUGGCUUGCUGUAACUCUCGCGGUGUGGCGAUACGUUGCCAUUGCGUUCCCUCAAAAAAACAGGACUUGGUGUAACAAGAGGAACACUUUCCUCGCAAUUGUAAGUGCUUAUGUGAUAUGCCCGUUUUUGUGUCUUCCUAUUUAUUUCGCCAUGAAUAUAGUGCAAAGUGAAUUAACACCUCAAAAUAAUUCCCAAUUCGCGGAGGACCUGGAUUUACCGAAUAAUCGGACCGUUUAUGUUUUAGAAAUGUCAAAAAACCAACAGUUAGUGACUGCGAUAAUGUGGAUAUAUAGUGUUAUAUUAAAACUUGUACCGAGUUUGGCACUAUCAAUACUAAGUACGUGUUUAAUAUCAAAGUUAACUACAACUGAGAGGAGACGACAGAACUUACUCAAGCGAUCUACAGUCAGCCCCAAUGAGGCCGAGAAACAAUGUCUUGCAGAAGAAUCGUCUGCGCGUCGAGCCAGUCGGACAGAUCGUACAACGCGCAUGCUACUUGCAGUUCUUGGACUCUUCCUCUCUACCGAAGUGCCCCAGGGCCUCCUCGGGCUCGCUAGCGCACUAGCACCAGACUUCUUCAAGAACUGCUAUGGAAUGUUUGGUGACCUUAUGGAUGUACUGGCGUUAUUCACGUCGUCAGUGAACUUCGUGCUAUACUGCAGCAUGUCCCGCCAGUUCCGCUGUACAUUCGCGCGGCUAGCACGUCGAAUGCUCUCCGCCACCGAGGAACCGGCCAAAUUCACCACCAAGCUUGAACCUACUACGCAGGUCACCACCGGGCCGCUAUAGCGAUCAAUCCCCGCCCUGAUCAGGGUGGUAGAGGAAAGUAUCGUAUAGAUUCACAGGUAACGCUGCUCUCUUAGAUGAACUCCAAUUGUCAUAUUUUAUUUUAUAUUUCUAUGCCUAAUCUAGUGUAAAUAAAUACAAAUUAUAAUAAAUACUAUUAUUGUCUUAAGCUAGUACGUUGCUGUUGUAAACUUGUACAUAAUGAAUUAUAUAAAAUGUAUACUAGUCUUUGCGUCCCAUGAGCCAUGACGCAAAAACUGGUCACCCUAUUAUUUCUUGCACAGUUAUUAUACUUGUAUCUUCACUAGAAAAAGCUAUCACAUAUUGAGAAUUAAUUUAUGUAAAUAGAUUUAUUUUUCGUCUAGGGUCGAAAGUCUGAUUUUUUCAUCGUUUAAAUAUGGUAGGUUUAUAGUUAUGUAGGAGAAUUUACGGAAAUUCAAUAUUUGCAUUUAUAUAGUUCGUAACCGACUACACUGACAAAAUCGUCGUAUUAAUGUAUGAGUGUAAGAUUAUGAAAUUAUUUUCUAAGAUAUGACGUCUUUGUCGCUGAUUGUACUCUCUCUUAUCGUAUUUCAAAUAAAAUAUCAGAGAGAGAUCGGAAAAUCACAUUUAUAUUUUUACAUUUUAUAUUAUAUAC